AUGUGGGGCGCUAGGGCCCAGAAAUCAGGCCCGGGAAGGGGCGGAGCGUACCUGCUGGCUACUUUCCUAUUCUGUUUCAGCCUCUUGUCACUAAGUACCGAGAACCGAGCGACCACAGAAAGACCCAUAAUCAAGUUGGACGGCAAGUCCAUACCAGAAUAUCAAAAUAUAAAGUUGGAAGAUCGGGAAGAGAGGCUGCUGAGUCCCCUGGGUCCUGCUGAUGCUAACACUUGGGGCACCAAGCACAUGCAUCCUGAAUGCAGGUGCCUCGCGGCUGCGAUUGUCUCCACAGUAUGUGGCAAGAACAAAUUCCAAGGGAAGAUCUUUGGCGGUCAGCAGACAGGUUGCGAGAGGUGGCCGUGGCAGGCCAGUCUGCUCUUUCGUGGCAGGCACAUCUGUGGGGCAGUUCUCAUCGACAAAAACUGGUUAGUCAGCGCUGCCCACUGCUUACAAAGGUCCCGCAAACCAUCUGACUACCGGAUCCUGCUAGGGUACAGCAAGCUGAGCAGCCCUUCCAACUUCAGCCUGCAGAUGACAGUGAACUUGUUCAUCUUGCACGAGAACUAUAGCAAGUUGUACUUUCAGGGGAGUGACAUUGUCCUGAUUCAGCUUCACAGGAAAGUGGAGUACAACUCGCACAUCUCUCCCGUCUGUGUCCCGAACAGCACCUUGAAGGUGCCCGCUAAGAAGGCCUGCUGGAUAAGCGGCUGGGGCAUGCUUAGCGAAGAUAAGUUCCUGCAGUUCCCCUACCCUCUUCAGGCCGCAGAGGUCUUCGUCAUGGCUGACAGCGAGUGCGAAGCCUUUUUCCAGACUCCGGAAAUCACCACACUUCAGUAUAAAGCUAUAAGAGAUGAUAUGAUUUGUGCCGGGGACCUCACCAACGAAAAGUCCAUCUGCAGAGGAGACUCUGGAGGUCCCCUUGUCUGCUCCCUGGAGGAUGUCUGGUAUGUGAUAGGACUGGCCAGCUGGACUGCAGCAUGUCUAGAGCCAAUCUCCAGCCCCAACAUCUUCACCAAGGUCUCCUAUUUUUCCAACUGGAUCAAGAAGAAACAGGAAGAUAUGCCCGACGCUGACCCUUUCUCCGCGCCCCCUCAGGAAUCCGCCUCAGCCCUUACAGGCUGGAAGAGCCGGGAUGCCGCGACGACUAUCAAAUACAGGACCUGUACAACCCUGUUACCUUCUCAGGUCUUCCUCCUGCAAUGGAUUUGGCUCAGGAUUCUGUGA